AUGCCGGGGAUAUCCAAGGCGGAGGCGCCGUCGUGGCCGAUCAUCUUCACGAAAGCGCCCACGUCCGUCGUCGGGCACGGCGGCGGGAUCGUGUAUCCGACCGGGGUGACCGACCAGGUCGACUACGAGGGGGAGCUCGGCGUCGUCAUCGGCAGAGGCGGCGUCGCGAUCGAUGCGUCGGACGCGAUGGAUCACGUCUUCGGGUACACCUGCGUCAACGACGUCACCGCGCGCGACGUCCAGAAGCGGCACCAGCAGUGGUACCUGGGGAAGUCGUUCGACGGGUUCUGCCCCAUGGGCCCGUGGAUCGUCCCGAAGGACGCGCUGCCCGAGGGCUUCGACCCGAAGCGCGGGCUCCCGAUCGGCACGACGGUGAACGGCGUCCGACGGCAGCGGGGCAAAACGUCGGACAUGAUGUUCGACAUUCCGCACUUGAUCGCGACGGCGAGUCGGUGCAUGACGCUGUCCGUGGGGGACGUCAUCGCGACGGGGACGCCCGCGGGCGUGGGCGCGGGGAUGAGCCCGAAAGGGUGGCUGAAAGUCGGCGACGCGUGCGAGGUCACGGUGUGGGGCGUGGGGACGCUUCGAAAUGUGGUCGUGGAGCGGUCGUGA